AUGACUUUCGCCCCGAUCACCUCAACACUCUUCUCAAGACUCAUCCGCCCAUUCUCGAUUAGCGCUCCAAUCCUAUCCCUCACACCAGAACAACAAUCACGCAACAUGUCCACCGAACAAGCUACCGUCGCAGCCGGCUGCUUCUGGGGUGUCGAGCACCUGUACCGCAAGAACUUUGGCAACGGCAAGGGCCUGCUAGAUGCGCAAGUCGGAUACUCCGGCGGAAGCACCUCUGAUCCCUCAUACCGUGCUGUAUGCAGCGGUUCCACAGGCCAUGCCGAAGCUCUUAAGGUCACUUUUGAUCCCUCCAUUGUUUCUUACCGCCAGCUCCUCGAAUUCUUCUACCGUAUGCACGACGCCUCGACUUUGAACCGGCAGGGUGGCGAUAUUGGUACACAGUACCGCAGCGUUAUUUUCACACACAGUCCUGAGCAGCAGAAGAUUGCUGAGGAGAUCACCAAGAAGGUUAGCGAGCAGUGGUAUAAAAAGCCUGUCUCGACUGAGGUUGUUCCUGCGGGUCAGUGGUGGAGUGCCGAGGAGUACCACCAGUUGUAUUUGAACAAGAACCCGGCUGGCUAUGAGUGCCCUGCACACUUUGUGCGCGACUUCCCUCCUCUCUCGGAUUGA